GUGACCAGAGCUCUAAAACUUCUGACAUAAACCAGGUUUAGAGAGUAAAACAACAGACAAGGAGGCUAGGUCAAGUAUUUUUGCCUAUCAAUUACUGAAGUUGAUUAGACUUGCUGGAAAAUAAAUUUGAAUGCUCAGCCUUGGUAAUAUCAUCAUCAAAAACAUCUCGGUGGCUUGUUAUAACCUUGGAUAGACCGGGAAAGGCUUUCAACAAAGGAGAUUUCACUAAAAACGGAGAGGCAGCCAUUCCUCUCAGCAUUCCGUGAUCUUUUGUUGGUGACAACAAGCAAUUCUCAUUGAUUGGCGAGUAGUUCGCAUUCAGAUUACUAAAAUCUUUUCAAGGAGUUCUCUUGGUGAUGACCUUCCUAAAGCCUUUAGGAUGCUGGUUUAGCCCAAAAGAAGGAUUUCUAUCAUCAUUCUCAAUGCAGGAGCGCCAGAUAUUCUUGAAUCUAUCAUGCGGGUGCUGCCAAGCAAUUCUUCAAUCUCAGAUUCCUCAAGACCCCUAG